AUGCAUCUCCGCAGAGGAGUGGUUCUGCUGCUGGCACUUCGGAACUGCUUUGCAGAUGAUCCGGUGGACUUCGCCUCAGCCAACCCGCCGCUGGUGAGAAGAGAGGCCAAGACUCCCGAGUCGGACUUUGAGGAGCGGUUGGCGAAUGCUAUGGAGGUUGCCAAGGUUGCCGAAGCUGCGGCUGCCCGGGCCGCUGUCAUGGUUGCUGCGCAGGAUCAAAGGCUGAAUGCCGCAGACGAAAAGAUCAUCGAGCUCGAGCAAGAGAAUGCGGAACAGAAGAAGGAGCUUGAGGUCGUCCGAGGAGACUUCGCGAAAGUGGAUGCAGAUGUCAGCGACGCGUUGAACCAGACAAACAGCACCGCUCUCAGGCUCCAGGCCGAACUGGAAGGCAUACAGCGAGAAGACGGCCAGCUGAAGGCCAAGGAUGAUAUCCUGGAGCGAGUUGUCAAGGAUGUGGAAAGCAAAGUUAUCGAAUUUGGGACAGAAGCGAUGCAUGCGGAAACUGCAGCUGGGCAUGCUCAGAAGGAUGCCGGGAAAGCCAAGAAUGCAUCAGAUCUUCUAAAGGCGAGAGAAGCCAAUCUUAAGUACGAAGUUGAUGACCUUGGAACGACGUUGGAGGAGGUUCUGAAGGACCAGAACUCAUCCAAGGGCGCAGUGCAGAAGUUGCUCAAUCGUACACAAAAUCUGGGCAAGACGAUGUUGAAGAUCAGCAAACACUUGAGACAAUUUGAUGGGAGUCUCAGCAAAGCAGUGAGACAGGCGGGGGAGUCGGACAAGCUUGCGAAGAUGGCCAAAGAGGAAGCAGACGAUGCUUUGGAUGACGUUGAGUCUGUUGGCCAGCCAGUCCCAGGAUUUGGUGGAGGCUACAGCCGUGCCUCCUCCGUCGCGGGUGAAGAAGGCCCCCGUGGCCCGCCUGGUCCCCCAGGCCCACCUGGACCUGAUGUGCGGUCCAAAAAAGCUGCACAGUCGUCGCGCAGCGCGCCUGGACCACGAAACAAGCAAAGCCAAAGUGGACAAAGCGAGGAGGCUCAGCCUGUCCGAACGGUUGUUUCAAGCGUCUUCGAUCCAACAACAGCAGCUGUAGCUGCCAAGCAACAUGCAAAAGCUGCCUGGGAAGCUGUCAAACAAAUACAGGCCCAAAACUCCAAGACGCGACCAAUCUACGAGGUGGCCUCCAUGACUGGCGAUUUGAUUCAGAUAAUGAAAGGUCCCCCAGGUCCGCAAGGCGCGCCUGGAGAAGCAGGAGCAGCCGGCGCAAAGGGCAAACCCGGUCCUCCUGGCGUUCCGCUUCGAGAACCGCCGCCUUCACCGCCCAGAAACGCCUCUAAUUCCACCGCAACUUCGAACUCGUCCAACACAACAUCUCAGAGCAAGGCAAGUGACACUGAUGAUGUCGAAGCUCCGCUGAAGAAAGCCGCCAGCCUCCCCAUGUACUUUGCAGCCUUUGGCGCAUCGGUCGCGGUCCUGCUGAUUCUCUACAGGUCCAUAGAUGCCAUCAUCGUGACAGGUGACCUCUCUGCACGAGCAUGGAACAAGAAGAAGAAGUUAAGGGCAAAAGCCAAAGCAAAAUCCAGCGCAGAAUCGGCAGCCGCAAGCCCCCCUGCUGAUGCCGCUGCAAGCGCUCCUGCUGAUGAGUCGUGA